UACCUUCCUACCUACCUACCUAUCUAGGUAUUUAACAGAGCUCUCCACCCCCGCCAGCACCCCGCUGACUUAGGCCCGCCCUCCGCCAAAACACCAAACACGUCUGGAAACAACUGGGAAAAUUUAUUCCUACCAUCUCGAGAGAACCCACCCCAGCAGGCUCGCUCACUUCCCGCCGUCUAAUCACAUCACGAACAACCAGGACGGAACCGACUCGGUGACAUAGAACCGUCUGGAGCCUCGUCCACAAUGGAGGACCAGCUUGUCCAGGUCCUCGCAAACACACAGCAGGCUGCUGAAGGCCCCAGGAUACAGGCCGAGCUCGACUUGAAACGCGCUCAAACCAACCCGGCCUUCCCUCUCUCGCUUGCCAACAUCGGCCGCCAUGCAUCUGUCUCGGUGGAAAUCCGACAGUCCGCUCUAUUUACCCUGCGCAGGUUUAUCGAGAGUCAUUGGACCGGCGAAAACGAUGACGGCCCCACCAUCCCCAUCGCCGACGACGUCAAAGACCAGAUUCGGCCUCUGGUGUUGGAUCUUGCCCUGAAUUUCGAGGGCGACAGGAAGAUCAAGACGGCUGCAAGCCAUGUCGUAGGCAAGAUCGCUAACGUCGACUGGCCCGAACAAUGGCCCACUCUCCUUCCCACGCUCCUUAACGUAAUCCCCACAGGGAACGACAACCAACUCCAUGGUGCUCUUAAGGUUUUAAGCGACUUGGUUGAAGAAAGUUUAAGUGAUGAUCAAUUCUUCUCCAUGGCCCAGGAAAUUGUUAAAGUCGUCUAUGAUGCCGCUAUAAAUGAGAACCGAAAGCCCGCAUUGCGUGCGCUUGCCGUGUCCGUCUUCCGAGGUUGCUUCGAUCUUAUGGAUACUGUCAAAGAUGAACAUCACAAGGAAGUCACGGCGUUUGCCGAGGAAGCUUUGAAGGGCUGGUUUCCUUUCUUUCUUGAAACGCUCAAAAUACAAUUGCCUGGGUUCGAUCCUCAGUCCAACAGCCAGCCCGAGUCCUGGAAUGGUCUUAUUGCGCUCAAAUUUCAAAUCGUGAAGUGUCUCCUAAAAGUUCGAAGCGUAUUCCCAAGUUUGUUGAUCCCUCACACGCCGCAUUUCUUUCAAGCAAUCUGGCAAGAGUUGUCUAUUCUCGAACCAUCAUACGAACGGAUGUACCUUGAAAACGAAGCCCAAGGACGGCUUGAAGACGCAGAUGGUCUGCCUUACACGCUUGAUUUCCUAGUGUUAGAAGAGCUUGAUUUCCUUAACCAUUGCCUGAGAGCACCACCAGUGCGUAAAGAACUCGAAUCUCAACUAAACACCCAUGCGGGUGCCCAUGAAACACCAUGGUUAUUGGACAUUUCGAAGAUAGCUAGUUCAUAUGGUCAAAUCAUCUUAGAAGAUCAGCAACUGUGGGACAUCGAUGUUUCCCUUUACCUAGCUGAGGAACAGUCUGUCAGCGCCAACUAUACCCCACGCACUGCUUGCGGUGAUUUGUUCAUCAAGAUGGGCGAAUGGCUGGAUCAAAAGGCGUUGGAAGGCCUCUACGCAUAUACCAAAUCUGUGUUUACGGAGAAUGUCUCUUGGAGGAGGCAAGAAGCAGCUCUAUACCUGCUCAACAUGCUGUUGAGGGAUUAUCUCGACUGCGGCAAGAGUGUCUCUCCAGAGCUGAGUCAAGCAUACCUGGAGCUUGUCGAUCAUGCCAUCAACCAAACCCAAGAGCCACUGCUCCGAGCGAGGGGCUACCUGAUCGCAGGUAUUUUGUCCCAGUGCAAUGGAAUUGCCGUCAAUCUUAUGGACCGAACAAUUGAUGCGAUCACCUCGGAAGAAUCAGAACUUGUGCAAGCAGCCUGUAUCAAAGCCACUGAAUCAUUCAUUACUAGUGAUGUUGCUGGUGUUGCUGGUAAUACUCAACUCCAGACAAAGAUAGUGGGCGCCAUCAACCAAUGGAUAUCUGCUAAGGAUAUGACUGAAAUCGAGGAAGCCGAUGAUUUACUCGUCACCCUGGCGGAGACGCUUCGGGCUGCGAUUCAUAUUGAUAAAACAGUAUCGGUUUCUAACGAUGUGCCUGCUCUCGACCUCUUGUUCCUUAUUGCUAAACAUGGCACAAGCAACUGGCAGGUUACGAUGCUGAUAUGCGAGACGUUUGAGGAUAUCGUACAAACUAUGUCUGAACCGGCGGCUUAUCAAGCUUUAUGCCAAAAGGUUCUCCCUUCUCUAACCGGGGCCUUCAACGUUGCUGAUGUGACGUCAAAUGAUCCUUUAGUGAUUUUCGCAGCAGAAUUGAUGGCUUCACUUACGCAAUACGGCUCAGAACCUCUGCCUGCUGGCUUCGUGGCUGCUACAUUACCCAAGUUGACGCGACUGCUCAUGGAGAGUAAUGAAGGCGAGGUUCUACGGCCGGGCGCCGAAUCCGUCAAAUAUUUGUUAGCCCAUGAUCAUGAGCAGAUGUUCAACUACCAUGACGAAAACAACAGGUCAGGCCUCGAAGUUUGCCUUCACAUCGUUGAUCGCCUACUGGGAACUACAAUUGAGGAUAACGCAGCUUCAGAAGUCGGUGGCCUUGCUGCCGAACUGGUAGAGAAGGCCGGCCAUGAGCGCCUGGGUCCUUUCUUGCCGCAGCUUCUACAGGCCGUAGCGAAUCGACUUGCUACUGCGGAAACCGCUACAUUCAUCCAGUCUCUCAUCUUGGUCUUCGCUAGACUCUCCUUGGUUGGCGCGCAUGACGUUGUCGAAUUUUUGACCACUAUUCAAAUUAAUGGACAAAGUGGCUUGCAGGUUGUAUUAAGCAAGUGGUUGGAGAACUCAGUAAACUUUGCAGGAUAUGAUGAAAUUAGACAAAAUGUUAUUGCGCUUUCAAAACUAUACAGUUUAAAUGAUCCCCGCGUAGCACAAACGAUGGUCAGAGGUGAUAUGAUCAUGCCUGCAAGUGACAGGAUCGUGACUCGUUCUCGGGCCAAGCAAAACCCAGACCAAUAUACAAUCAUUCCUGCACCUCUGAAGAUCCUUAAAGUGCUAAUUGAGGAACUUUUGUCAGCUUCGGGCUUAGCAAGUGCUCCGAAUGCUGCUGCGGCGGCUGCUGCGGAGUUUGCAGACGAAGAGAACGAUGACGAUAGCUGGGAAGAUGACCCAGAUACCAUUGACCUCAACCUUGGCUCUACUAAGGCUGAUCUAAUGGGUUAUUUAGAUGCCAGCAACAUGCGACAUCGGGAUGACGAGACGCAGCAAUACCUUUCUGAAUUCUUUGUUGCAGCCGCGAGGGACAAUCUUGCGGGAUUUGGAGACUGGUACAACAACCUUACAAAUGAAGAGAAGAGCAAGCUGAGCGAGAUGGCAAACGCCCAACAAUCUUAGGGCGGUUGGAGGAAGGCUUUCGCGCAUGACGCUGUUUUUAGACAGGCGUACCGGGCUUUGGGAAGGCUCAGAUAUUAACGCGUAGGUAACAUUGCAGCAGGACACAUCAGCUGCAUUCUUACUAGAAGAGGUGGAAGCAACAAGGAGGAUAUAUAACUACCUAUAGCUAAUACGUGUGGGAGAGACAGAGCAGCAGUCAUUAGAAGGCAGGAGAGGUUAUCCGUCAUCAUGUCAUAGUAUUGAUUUGCGUUGUGUUUCCUACAGGAGGCUAAAGGCGUUGCGUAGAGAACAAUUCUAAGCUGAUGCUUCGUUGUGCGGCUUUGUACAGAUUCAUGGAUAUUAGUAUAGAAACACAGAUUAAUCAUAUCCAAGAACAAUACAACAGACACAUUUAGAUUAUCCCCGCCCCCCGACCUCCCGAGUUCUCCUGAAUCUAGGGUAAGCAGGCAAACAUCAAACAGAC